AUGUUUUCACAAGCAUCGGGACUAGAGGCAAAUGUGGAUAAGAGUAGUGUCUAUUUUGGUGGUGUAUCACAGGCUAUACAAGAGCAAAUUCUGGGUGAUCUUCCAUUUAAGUAUCUUGGAGUUCCUUUGAGUACUACCUUGUACAAUGCAAGCCUUUUGACUGACAAAUUAUUAGGGAGAAUUACAAGCUGGACAACUAGAUUUUUGUCAUAUGCUGGAAGAGUGCAACUAGUUAAAAGUGUCCAAUUUUUCAUCCAAAUAUUUUUAUUAUCUAAGAAGAUUGUCCAGGUUGUGGAAGCUAUUUGCAGGAGAUUUCUCUGGACAGGGAGUGCAGAUGCUACCAAGAAGUCUCUGAUCGCAUGGGAAAAAUUAUGCUACCCGAAAUCAAGUGGUGGUAUGAAUUUUUUAGAUAUUCAUAUAUGGAACAAGGCUGCCAUAGACAACUACUCUAUUAAAAGAGUUUAUCUGCAGAUGCGAGGAGGAACAGAGAAAGUGCUAACCAUGGUGCACCUAAAUGGUUGUUCAUGUUUUUUUUUAACGCUACACAGGAAGCUAUCUACCGAGGUAAGAUUGGCAAAGUGGGGACUCAUAAAUGAAGUGCUAUGUCCUUUAUGCCAAGAGAAGGAGGAGGAUGUGGAUCACCUAUUUUUUAUGUGCUCGUUUACUGCUGAUAUAUGGAAAAAUUUGCUAGUUUGGCAAGGGAUUGCAAGAACUAGUCUGUCAUGGAAGGAUGAAGUACAAUGA